AUGGGGAAGAAGAGAGCCCCGUCCGUGCAAAGCGGCUCACCAUCUUCUGUUUCAAGGGCAAUCCGUCGUAAUGAUGGCGGCGACGCUCGGGCUACUCGAAGGGACACGGCGGAGCGGCAACGCAAGCUGCCCCUCGCACCAUCCACUAAACCGAUAAGCAAUGGACGGCAACAUCAGCUGCGAGGAAAGAAAAAGGGGAAGGAAACUGAGCUGGAAAGCGAGAGUGAGGUUGAGGAGAGCGAAGCGGAGGACGAGGACGCCGAGGAAGUUGGUGAAGAGGAUGAAGCAUUGGAGGGGUCGGGCUCCGAUGAAGAGGAACUUCAUGCGAAAGAUCUGGGCUUCACCGACGACAACCAGUCAUGGCUCAAAAUGAAGAAGAGCAAUACGAAUGGCUUGUUACCUUCGGAGGAUGAAGUGGAAGAAGAAGAGGAAGAAGACGAGGAUGACGAGGAGGAGGAGGAGGGGGAAGGGGAUGAGGCCGACGAUUUUAUGUCAGGCGAGAGUGAAGAGAGUGGAGAGGAGGUUGCAGACGAGGAAGAGGAUUUUGAGGUUGGACACGAGGGAGAUCAAGAUGAGGAGGAUGAGGCAGGCGACGAGGGAGGAGAAGGGGGGCCUUGGCCUGUCGCGGGCCUCGCCUCCGGGCUGAAGGAGCGGAUCGAGGAGGUGGUUCACAUUCUCUCCGACUUCCGCGCGCGCCGGAAGGCAGGAGUCGCGCGGGCGGAGUACGUGAGGCAGCUGGGGCGUGACCUGUCGGAGCACCACGGAUACCUGCCCGAGCUGACGGGAAUGUUCCUGACCAUGUUGGGGCCCGCGGAGUGCGUGGAGUUUAUGGCCGCGAACGACCGACCCAGGCCCCUGGUCGUCCGCGCCAACACCCUCAAGACGCGGCGCAAGGACCUGGCGCAGGCCCUGCUCAAGCGGGGGGUGAGUCUGGAGCCCCUGGCGGGCGGCUGGUCCAAGGUGGCGCUGAAGAUCAUCGACUCCCAGGUCCCCGUGGGAGCGACCCCGGAGUACCUGGCAGGGCACUACAUUUUGCAGAGCGCCUCCUCCAUGACGCCCGUGAUGGCUUUGGCGCCCCAGCCCCACGAGAGGGUGCUGGACCUCUCGGCGGCGCCGGGGGGCAAGGCGAGUUACUGCGCGCAGCUGAUGAAGAACACGGGGCUGCUGGUGGCGAACGACCUUAAGUCCGAGCGCCAGAAGGCCACUAUCGCCAACCUGCACCGGCUGGGUGUCCGGAACGCGGUGGUUUGCAGCUAUGACGGCCGGCGGCUGCCCUCAGUCAUGAAGGGCUUCGACCGCGCCCUGCUGGAUGCCCCGUGCUCGGGCCUGGGGAUCGUGGCCCGAGACCAGUCUGUGAAGGUCCAGCGGACCCUGGCCGACGUCCGGAAGAUGUCGCACCUACAGAGGGAGCUGCUGCGGGCGGCGGUAGACUGCGUGGACGCGGGGAGCAAGACCGGGGGCGUGCUGGUGUACUCGACCUGCUCGGUGGCGGUGGAGGAGAACGAGCUCGUGGUGGACUACAUCCUCCGGGCCCGGCCUAACGUCCGCGUGGUGCCCACGGGCCUCGGGGACUUUGGGCGGCCGGGCUUCACGCGGGUCGCAGAGCACCGAUUCCACCCGUCCUUGGCCCUGACCAGGCGCUUCUAUCCCCAUGUCCACAACAUGGAUGGCUUCUUCGUCUGCAAGCUGCAAAAGCUGACGAACGCGCUGCCCGGAAAGAACGAGGAGGAAGAGAGGGCAGAGGCGAAGGGGAAAAAGAGGAAACAGAUGCGCGAUGGCGAAAAUGUGGAAAGUAGAGGGAAUGAGACAAGAAAAGGUGUGCAAAAAGUUGAGAAGGGAGAGGAGGAAGCCCCUUUCCGUAUUAAAAAGAAGAAGAAGGGGAGUCAGCCCCAAGGGCCGGUCAGAGAGAUCCCGCAGAGCACCGCAGAGACGACGGUUGCAGAAUCGAGGGUAUCUGGCCAGGCGACGAUGUCAAGUGGAACAAACUCUGAGAGAGACGGGCCGUUGGUGGAGAAGGAUAAGCACACGAGAAAGACGGAAUCAAAAACGCCAAAAGCGUCAGGGGAGGACGUUGUCAAGGAAGGGAAGAAGAAAAGUGGGCAGAGCAAGCAAGAAGGGGGCCGGCAUGAGGUCGGCGGAGGGCGAAAAGUUAGUAACGGAGAGCGGCAGAAGUCUGAGCAGAAGUCAGGCCGGCCAAAGGAGUCGCAAGGAAAACCUGUCGGAAGAAAAGGGAAAAAGGCGAAAGGGGUCAUGUCCUCUUAG